AUGUUCACUGCCUGCGUCGGUUCGACCAUGCUCCAUGGUAGUGAGACAUGGGCACCAAAUGCCCUGGACUUGCAGCGUCUCCGCCGAAAUGAUCGUUCAAUGAUUCGCUGGAUCUGUGGAACCAAACUGGAUGAUGACAUUUCCACGGCUGUACUUCACCAGAAACUGGGGGUCGUUGACAUCACGUCUGUCCUACGAACACGACGUCUCAGGUGGUUCGUACACGUGCAACGUGCCUCGUCAUGCAUCAACUCCGUCACCAGGAUGAAAAUCCCCGGCCGCAGAGGUAGAGGGAGACCCAGAAAGACGUGGUCAGAGUGUGAGUAA